GUUGGCUGCUCUUAGUCUCAGUGCAUUUGGCUUGUAAGCUGCUGCGUGUGAUCUGCUUGUCUGUAAAAUAACGCACCAUGGCGAGUAAGAGAGCUCUGGUGAUCCUGGCUAAAGGUGCUGAAGAGAUGGAGACUGUGAUUCCCACUGAUAUCUUGAGAAGGGCAGGAGUUAAAGUGACUGUUGCAGGCUUAUCAGGAAAAGACCCUGUGCAGUGCAGCAGAGAUGUUGUCAUAUGUCCUGACACCAGCUUAGAAGAAGCUCGGACACAGGGACCAUAUGAUGUUGUUGUACUUCCUGGAGGAAAUCUUGGAGCUCAAAACUUAUCAGAGUCUCCUUUAGUUAAGGAGGUGUUGAAGGAGCAAGAUUCCAAAAAAGGACUAAUAGCAGCUAUAUGCGCAGGACCCACUGCUCUGCUGGCACAUGGAAUAGGUUUCGGAAGAAAUGUUACAACCCAUCCUCUGGCAAAAGAUAAAAUGAUGAAUGGAGAUCAUUAUAAGUACUCAGAAAAUCGAGUGGAGAAAGAUGAGCAUUUUAUCACUAGCCGUGGUCCAGGAACAUCAUUUGAGUUUGCUCUUGCAAUUGUGGAAGCCUUGCUUGGAAAAGACGUGGCUGAUCAAGUGAAGUCUCCUCUUGUACUCUGUAACUAAAGUUGACACAGGAGCUUGGUUAUGUCCUCCAAAAGCUCAAGAAUGGUCUAAACUGGAUAGAUGUUUCGCAGCCACACUUAGACGAUCUGGUUUAUGUAACAGUUUGCUAUGACGGUUGUUUAAAGAUGAGCUGAUUUGCACUCAGUAACUUGAUAGCACUUAAUUUUAAUAAAUAACUUAA